ACAGGAACGAUAACAAGUUUAUAAAUAUAUUUUAUAGUUUAUCAGCUGUAUAUUCAGAUUACGUUAUCAAAGCAAAAUGUCAAGUGCAUCAAAUCAUCAGAAAGACUUGUUUAUUUUUGGACCUUUUGGUAAAAAACCACUGAAGGAGCAGGUAACACCACACAAGAUAUCAUUAAUGGUACUGAUAUACGAGUACAUAGAAAUGAGAAGACAUCAGAAGCCUCCUGUUUUUGUGGGAUUUGGUGCUCAAGAUACCACUAGUGAAGAAAAAUUUAAAGAACGAGAAAAGCGAGACUUCAUGACAUCAAUACUCAAACUUAUUCAGAGUCCUGACAUGACCCUGAAAGAUUUAACUGACCAAGUUCAGCCUAUACUGAAACAAACACAUUAUGAAAUAUUUGCUGAAAGGUUAAAAGGAUUUUACCAGGAAGGUGUGUUACUGUUGAUGGAUUUCUUCCAAGAUGUGACAAAACAACUAAGUGACCCAUCUAAUGGGGUUAUCAGUGCUAGUAGUAUACUAGGUCUGUUCCUUAGAAGAAUGAUAGUAGCAUUUGAAAAGCUAUCAUUUUCCCAAGUGACAAAGUUAUUUACGAGAUAUAAGGAUUAUUAUGAGGCUGGACAAGUUGGAUUGGGGAUGGACGAGAGUGAUCAGUUUGGGGGAUCAUUAAUUGACUCCAUCACAAGUCAGUCUGGUAGAUUUAGGAGUGGCCUUGGUCUAGGAAAGUCAUUUGAAAGAAGUCACCAUGGCGAUGGUAAAUCUGAUGAUGUUGAUGGUGGAUUCUUCUCCUACAAACAGGCAGAAUACUUUAUAUCUAGACAGGGAUUUUUAUUGCAACAUAAUGAGAAUGAGGCUUUAUCACCAGCCAAGCUACAAGAAAAGAUAACUGAUAUGUUGAGAUCAAAUCCUGACAUGGCUGAAGCUCAUUUUUUAAGUUAUCUGAACAGUUUACGUGUUAAAGAAUACUGUACUGCACUUCAUAACCUCUAUCAUUACUUUGAUCGAAACACAAACAUUGGCUCUGAUGGAAGUCAAGGCAACAAGAACAGAGAAGAGGCAGUAAGUCGACGUUAUGCUGCCCUUAACCUUGCCUCACUGCAUUACAGAUUCGGGCACAGAGAUGAAUCAUUAGCUGCAUUACAUGAAGCUAUUAGGAUGGCACAGGAGACCAAUGAUCAUGAAUGUUUACAGCAUGCUUUGAGUUGGUUACACAGGUUAGAGGAACCUGGGACAUCUUACACAGCUAAUCUCAUGGCUAGAUCUGUAUGGAAAAGUGAAGAAUUAAACCUGCCUAAUAUCACUUCAAUGGGAGUUCAGUCUUUAGCAAGAAAUAAUGCAUUCGCUACUGCAAAGCCGGCAAGUGUGUUUGAGUUUUUAUUGAAGAGUGACCUAUUGAACUGUCAACAUUCACAGUCUCACUUUAUGUGUGUCAGUUAUGCCCAGAAAUCAGCCCUAUGGGAAAUGUAUGGGAAGAGAGAGAGUUCUGCUAUGUGUAGUCUGUUAGUGUUAAAUUUGAAUACAGCAGUAAAUGGAAUAUUUCAUAAUGGCGAAGCUGUGUGUAUAGCCCUGUGUAAUGUAGCCAGAUGUCAUGCUGAUGAUGGUAACUACAGUGCAGCAUUUGACAUCAUCAGUAGUGCUAAACAACGAUUUCCAAAACAUACUCAGCAUGCUAAUACAUGGAUGAUAUGUGAACAGCAGCUGUUAUUUGACAGAGCUGUGAUGAACAGGAAGUUUGGACAAGCAGAGACAAAUGUAACAAACAUAAGAGCACUUAAUGAAGACGAGGCUGUUAUUAGAAAUGCCAUACUGAACAAAGAAAAAGGGGAAGUAACUCAAUCAUUAACAGAAUUGACUCAGUUGUUAGAGAAAGUAAAGAAAGACAAGAGAAAAUAUGUCCCUGAUUUUCCUUGUAGAGUAUAUUUAGCCUUAGCUGAAUUAUUUGUCCAGACAGGGAACCAUACCUCUGGUCUAUCACAUGUCCUGGAUUGUAUUACACAUGCAAAGGAGCAUCAUCUACAAUAUAUGGUAGCUCUUGCUACUGUUCAUCUGUCUUUUAUACAGUUUUUGAUGCAACUUCCACAACCAGCAUUAGAAUUAUUGAGACAACAGCUAUUACCUAUUAUUUCUCAUGGUAACCUAUUUGACAAAGCUAGGACAAUGUAUUGUUAUGUACGAUGUCUGGUAGCUUCUGCUAAUAAAGGUCCAGAACAGAAGAAAAGAGCAGCAUUAGUUAGUGCCGUUAAUAUGAUGGACACAGUUAUUGACUAUUUUAAACAAUUAGAGGCUCACCAAAGGAUAAAAGAUGCUGUGUAUUAUCAAGCAAGAUUGUACAAUGAGCUAGGAAGAACAGCAGAAAGAAACAAAUGUGCAUAUCAGUUCAAACAGCUAGACUCUCAGUACCCAACAUUUAACAAAGUAUCUGUAUGUGUAUUGUAACAAUAAAUGUUCAAAAAAAU